AUGAAUUCUCAACAAUUAGCUGGACCAAAUACUCCUCCACGUGAUGGCCCGGAGCCCGGAAACCUUGUUGCCAGAGCGGAGGCUCUUGGGAUCUCAUCGGAAGAUCAGAGAUUAAAUACGGUUGAUAGUUCUUCAUCUGGCUUGGAUAAGCCCUCAGUUAUUCAACAGACUAUACCGCCUUCAGGGCAGGUUGUAAUUGGCGGGAAGGAAACGCAAUAUGUUGGCGCUACCCACUGGGCUGCAAUUCUUGAUGACAUAGGAGAAGUUAAAGAAUAUUUUGAUCAAGGAGAAGACGAUGAUAUUGAAGAAGAGACUGGGCCUGAACCCAGUCUACUUUUCAACACAGAUGCACCACCGACCAAAGCCAAAUUAUUGGCAGCUCUACCUUCCCGUAGAGUCGUUGAUAAGAUUGUUCAAGGCUAUUUUCAUGGAGCCAAUCCUUCACUGCAUAUUCUGCAUGCGCCGACUUUUCAAAAAGAGUAUUUGAAAUUUUGGGCAAAUCCGCAUGACAUUCCUAUUUGCUGGCUGGGCUUAUUAUAUGGCAUCAUGUGUCUCUCUUUAUUCUCCAGUUAUGCAGCAGGCGAAGAAAAUCCAGAUGAGCAUGCUUCACAAAUGCAAACGAUACGAACAUAUCGACGCAACUGUAUCCAAUGCAUCCGCCUAUCGGAUUACACAAAACCAGGAAAGUAUACAAUCGAAGCAAUGCUUGCUCAUUUGGAAGGAGAAUUUGUUCUCAGCGAUGCUGAUCAGGUGAACUGCUAUGUGCUUCUUGGUGUUGCUGUCCGGUUAGCCUUACGAAUGGGACUUCAUCGAGAUCCCGAUAGAGUUGGUGGACAAAUUACUCCGUUCCAAGGGGAAAUGCGUCGGCGACUUUGGGCCAUUUUGAGACAAAUAGAUUUACUGGCAUCCUUUCAUAUUGGAUUACCUAGUAUGGUUGAAUCCGUUGAUAGCGAUGUUCAAUUACCCCGAAAUUUGAAUGACUCGGAUUUUGAUGAAGAUUGUACAGAGCUCCCACCCCUCGACCUGACUCGGAACAUAUGCGAAUUCAUUAUCCCGCCUUCUUACGAUGAUAUCAUGGAAUUAGAUGCUCAGUUGGACGUGGUACAAGCAAAUGUACCGCCAUCGUUCCGAUUUCAACCGAUAGACAGUUGCAUCGCUGACCCAGCAAAGUUGAUUAUCCAGAGACUGAAUAUCGCUCAUCUUCUAUGCAAAAGUCGAUGUGUUCUUCACCGUAAGUAUCUUGUGGGCAAUCAAGAUCAUCCUGAGCGAGAAUAUUCCGUUAAGGUCGGUAUCGAUGCCGCAAUGCAACUUCUCAAUUUCCAAAAACAGACUUACGAAGCUACACGACCAGGAGGGUCUUAG